AUGAUAAUCGACGAUGACAGCAGCGGGUCGAUCCCAAACACUUUCGGCCGACCUCCGUCACCAGCCUCUACCGGCUCAGCCAUCACUGUCGGCACAUCACAGAACGCCCUUCUGAUUAAAAGCCUGGAGCAGGGCGAAUAUAUUCCUGACGAUGAGUCAUGGGACGAAACGCGUAGCCUUACCGACAGCAUCCGCCAGCAUAUUGUCGAUGGCGGCCUACGAUAUCAUGCGUACCACGCUGGGCAAUACGCCUUCCCCAACGACGAGACAGAACAGUAUCGAGACGACCUCAAGCACAACCUGACCAUCCACCUUUGCGAAGGUGCCUAUUUCUUUGCUCCCAUCCAUGACCGGCUGCUGCAGCCUGGUGCUGAAGUUCUUGAUUUAGGUACUGGGACUGGAAAAUGGUCGAUCGAAUUGGCGGACAUGUAUCCUAAUGCACAAUUUCAUGGCAUGGAUUUAUCACCAAUCCAACCUGAUUGGGUACCCGAGAAUGUGCUUUUUGUUGUUGAUGACAUUGAACAUGAAGCUGGAUGGACGUAUCCUGAAAACUCAUUUGAUUAUAUCCAUAUUCGUCACACCUGUCACUCAAUAAAGAAUCGAGCUGAGCUUUGGGACCGAGUUUACAAGCAUCUGAAACCAGGCGGCUACGUUGAAGUUCAAGAGUUUCAAUACGCUGCCGCUUGCGACGACGAGUCAUGUAACCAGCCAUACGCUUGGCGCGAUUUCUUGCGAUUUCUGGCAGAUGGACUUGCCGCCCUUGGCGCUAAUCUCCAUGCCAUCUUAAACGUCCAGGAUGAGCUUGCCGCUGCCGGUUUCCAAGGUAUUCGGCGGGUAGAUCUAAAGUGCCCCAACGGUCCGUGGCCCAAGCUAAGACGUCUCCAAGAGUGUGGUCACAUCCUCCGAGAUGUCAUCAUGUGGGGUCUUGUUGGGCUGGCUAGACGACCCUUUAUGCUUGGACUGGGAUGGACCACUAUUCAGAUCGAGAUGUUCCUCGUCGAUGUCCGCAAGUCCAUUAUUGCAGAAGAAAAUGGCUUGCCUAAAUUCCACUCAUAUUUCCCUUUCCACAGCAUAUACGGCUACAAACCUCUUGACGCUGCUUUAAAUUAG